CUACACCACCACUCAGGAGUCAGGGUCAACACUGCUUUCCAAUAAAAUAAAAUAAAAAAAUAAACUUUUCUCUUGACAAUUAGUUUACCAUUCCUUCACUUCAAUUCUCCAAUUGGGCAUUUGUAAGUUGGUUGUUGAGGAGCUAUACACCAUCAAAAUCCCAAUUCCUUUCUCUCUCUAUCUUUGUCUUUACUCUUAUCAGAGUAAGGGUAAUUAAAAUGGCUUCAGAUGGUAAAGUUCACACCUUUGAGGAAGUUUCAAAGCACAACAGUACUACGGAUUGCUGGCUGAUUAUCUCAGAAAAGGUCUAUGAUGUAACGUCAUUCAUGGAUGAUCAUCCGGGUGGUGAUGAAGUUCUUCUAGCUGCAACUGGCAAGGAUGCAACUAAUGACUUCGAAGAUGUGGGGCACAGUGAUUCUGCCCGAGAAAUGAUGGAUAAAUACUACAUCGGAAAAGUUGACGUAUCAACCGUCCCUCUGAAGCGUACUUAUGUUCCACCACAACAAGCUCAUUACAACCAGGACAAGACACCCGAGUUCAUCAUCAAGAUCUUGCAGUUCAUGGUACCCCUUCUCAUUUUGGGUUUGGCUUUUGUAGUUCGACACUAUACUAAAAAGGAGGAAUAGAAUGUUAUCUAUUUCGUUUCAUUUCUAGGCAUGUACUAAGGUCAAUUUAGCUACUAAGAAGUCCGAGUCCUUCGAGAAGUGAUCAGUUCAACCUUAUUGCGGUAUGGUGUUUGAGAGUUAGUUUUAGUUUCGAUCAAUAUACGAUGUUGUUGUGAUUCGGACAACUUAUUGUUUUGCUACUGAUUGGUGAACUUUUUGUGGCAAACCUUUGUUAAGAACUUCAAUGUUGUGUAUAUGUGUUCUUGUUUUAGAUUGGUAA